ACCUUUAACUUUUGAUCUUAUUGGAGUAACGUUUACCUGGUUGGUUUAGGACAGAUUUUUAUUGAAGCCAUACGUGGGUACCCCUGUGGUACAGGCAUGUCAUACUUAUUUUACCGCUGACUAAAAAAUCACGGGCGGAUAUGUUUUUUGAAGAGAUCAGUAGAAAACACAUGGAAAAGUAUUGAUAACUAGUUGAGUCUAAACCGACUCGAAAAUGACUGUUGGGCUAGAUGCAUUAAAUACUAAACUUAUUCAGGUAUCGAACGUUGCUCACAAUGCAACUUUGGAGCAACUCAAGGUGUUGUUUAGUUUCAUCGGAGAAGUUGAAGAUCUAAAGUUAUUCCCAGAAUCUCCUGCUAUCACAGUCCAAUCCAAAGUAUGCUUUGUGAAGUUUGUGGACCCGUCAAGUGUGCCGAUAGCACUUCACCUGACAAACACAGUGUUCAUUGAUAAGUCUCUUAUCGUGGUCCCGGUCUCAGAUGAACCAGUUUCGGAGGAAGAGAAAGCUCUUCAACUGGUGGCAGCUAGUAGUGCCCUUGCCCUGGGUAUGGGAGAUGGCGGAGGUAUACUUCCCACACCAGCCUUGAUUCCACAGCUUAUGUCAUCCAGUGGCAAUACAAUAGCAGUUCCAUCAUCGGUCCCUCCCCCACCUCCCCUUACUAACGUUGAUGCCAACAAAGUUGAGGAAAUUCGGCGGACAGUCUUUGUCAACAAUCUUGACCCAGAGAUAACUGCAGAAAUGCUCUUGUCUUUCUUCUCUUCCUGUGGAGACAUCAAGUAUAUAAGGAUGGGCGGGGACGACGGCAAACCUACUCGAUAUGCCUAUAUUGAGUUUGCAGAGACGCAGGCAAUUGUGUCAGCUCUCCAGUACAGCGGCGCAAUCUUUGGAGGAAAACCAAUAAAAGUAACACACUCCAAAAAUGCUGUCUCUAAACCUCCUCCGAAGCAUUCAGACAGAAAAAGAGACCAUAGCAGAUCAAGAUCCAAAUCCAGGCACUCUCGGUCAAGGUCACGGUCGUCUCGUCGUCGUUACCGAUCCAGAUCUGAUUCCCGUCCACGCAGUCGCUAUAGAGGACGCUCUCGAUCACGCUCCAGACCAGGCAACCAUCGAAAUGGCUCGGAUGUCCCCGGAAGGGAGUCAACAUCAGCCCGUCCUUCAUCGGACCGCUACCGGGAGAGGAGGCCACGGAAAUCGCGAUCAAAGUCACUUGACCGGAGCCGGCGGUCAAGAAGCAGAUCGUACUCAAGACCUUCCCCAAGCCCGUAUCGGUCGAGAAGAUCUCGGAGUCGCACGAGAAGGUCUCGGAGUCGUUCGCGAAGGUCUCGGAGUCGCAGCAGGGACAGACGACCCCGUCGACGCUCAAGGGAUCGCGAACGAUCAAGAGAACGUAGGUCAAGGCGAUCGCGGGACAAGUCUCGUUCUAGAGAAAAAUCCCGCGAGAGGGGCGGGUCCAGGGGGAGAUCUGCUGAAAAGUCGCCCGAAAAGCAGCGGGACAAGUCUGAUGAUCGCAGAUCGCGCUCGCCUGAGAGAAAAAUUAAGGAGGAUUCCGUGACUAAAUCAGACGAAGACGAGGGAAGGUCGAGCGAGCGACGAGAGAAAGAAGAGAAGAAAUCCCGCGACAAAGACAAAGAUCGCGAGAGGGAACGCAAAGAUAAGAAAGACCGAGACCGCGGCCGUAACAAAGACCGUGACCGUGAUAAAGAACGUGAUAAAGACCGUGACCGUGAUAAGGAGCGUGAUCGUGAAAAGGAUCGUGAACGUGAUAAAGACCGCGAUAAGGAACGUGAUCGUGACAAGGACCGUGAACGUGAGAAAGACCGUGAUAAGGAGCGUGAUCGUGACAAGGACCGUGAUAAGGAGCGUGACCGCGACAAAGACCGUGAUAAGGAGCGUGACCGCGACAGAGACCGCGAUCGUGACAAGGAGCGUGACAAAGAUCGACACAGGGACCGUGAUAGGCGUGACCGGAAAGAGAAAACGCGUGACAGGACGAGCCGAUCGCCUUCAGAGUCUCCAAAGAGAUCCUCGAGACAUCAUAAGCGCAAGAAGGAUAAGAAGAGUAAGGAAAAAGAAUCAACAAGAAGAGCUAGCGAUUACGAGGACAGUGACAUAGGAAAAAUGAGCGACACAGAGCAAGAAAAGAAAGCACGUGACAGCAGCCAUGACAGCGGCUCCGAGUAUGAGAGGAAGAAAAAGAAAAAGAAGAACCGAAGCGAGAGCCAAGAACGCGCAAGUGCCUCCGAAGAGGAGACACCAAAAAAGAAAAAAAAAAGAAGUUACAAGAAAAAGCCAGUUAGUGCUGGAGAUUACGAUACAGAGAGUGACUGAAACCAUGCCCUGGUCGUAGCUCUUUAGGACAUUUCUUUUUGGUCGGUUUAACUGUAAUAUUCUGUGCUCUCUUUCCCUGUGUUUCUUGCAUGGCCAUGACACUGCCGAGUCGUAUAGACCAUUUCACAAUGUUGCGCUCGCAUCCAAAAUGCUACAGACUGGCGGGACACAGCGCCAGAGCUGAUCCAAAAUGCAGACGAAGGAAUUUGAAUCGAAAACUCUGUGAAAGAAGCACUCUGUCAGCAUUUUCUAUAGCUUCGUCUGUGAACUCCACAGUACGCCAUUUUAGAUUAGCUAUGGCCCGCCAGUCUGUGGCAUUUUGAAUGCGUGCGCAACAUCAUGAAAACGGUCUAUCCAUCUUCAUCUCUCGGUCAAUACCUCAACUUGCAUACACACCUCCGGUCCACCUGUGUUGUCGGCUUUGCAUAUUUUAUUUUGUCAUCCCUCAAAGUCCAAGCAAAUUCUUGUGACAUGACGAGAACUGGAUAAGUUUGUGUGUCUAAGACUUUUAUUAUGAUUAUUGAAUAAACGUACACUAGUAUCA